GCAAUUGAACUCCAGACAUUUGGCCCAGCACAUGUGCAACCCUUUGUCUGGCUUAUGUAGGAUCUGGAGAGAGAUCGAACACAGAUUAAAGAACAAAAAGUUGUUGUGGAUGAACUUUCUAACCUGAAGAAGAACCGGAAGGUAUAUCGGCAGCAGCAGAAUAGCAACAUAUUUUUUCUGGCAGACCGAACGGAAAUGCUUUCUGAAAGCAGAAAUAUCUUAGAUGAGCUUAAAAAAGAAUAUCAAGAAGUUGAAAAUUUAGAGAAGGUGAAAAUCAAGAAGUAAUCACACUAUUUCACAUAGCCAUGUGUGGCAUUUGUUGUUCCGUGAGCUUUUCCAUGGAGGGGUUCAGUAACGACUUAAAGGAAGACUUACUGUGCAGUCUUAAACGACGGGGCCCCAGUAGUAGCAAACAGUUAUUCAGAGCUGACCUUAACUACCGGUGCUUAUUUUCUGGUCAUGUUCUUCACCUGAGAGGUGCUUUGACAGCCCAGCCUGUGGAAGAUGAAUGGGGCAAUGUGUUUCUGUGGAAUGGAGAAGUUUUUGGUGGAGUAAAGGUUGAAGAUGAAGAGAACGAUACUCAGAUUAUGUUUACUAGUCUUUCUGUUUGUAGGAAUGAAUCUGAUAUUUUGUCACUUUUCUCAAAAGUCCAGGGUCCAUGGUCUUUCAUAUAUUAUCAAGCCUCUAGUCAUUACUUAUGGUUUGGCAGGGAUUUUUUCGGUCGCCGUAGCUUGCUUUGGCAUUUUAAUAAUCUGGGCAAGGGUUUCUGCCUCUCUUCAGUUGGUACUCAGACAUUUGGAGUGGCAAAUCAGUGGCUUGAAGUGCCAGCAUCUGGGAUUUUCAGAAUUGAUCUCAAUUCUAUUGCAAUUUCUAGAUGCAUAGUUUUAAAGUUAUAUCCUUGGAGGCAUGGAUGUAAGAAUGUUGGAGAAGAUGCUAAUAACUUGCUUCCAAUUUCAGUAGACUUACCAACAGUUGUGUCAGUAGUAACAAAUGAAGCCAAACUCUGUCUUGAAAAACCUGUUAUUCCCUUAAAUAUGAUGUUGCCUCAAGCCCCAUUGGAAAGUCACUGCAGAAGCAGUUCUGGCAUCCCACCUACAAGGGAGACAUUGGAGGCCUUUCUUACAGAUGGACACAUGAAAAAAGUAGUUGAACAGUUCAUUCAUGUCCUGAGUGUUGCCAUAGAGAGACGGGUCUUGUGUGUAGCUAGGGAUGAAAACCUGACACCCAGUGUAGCUUCACAAAUGUGCAAUAGAAAAGCAAAUGUGGCAAUCCUGUUUUCAGGAGGCAUUGAUUCCAUGGUGAUUGCCACCCUGGCCGACCGCCACAUUCCUCCAGGUGAACCCAUUGAUCUUUUGAAUGUGGCUUUUAUAAGUAAAGAAGAGAUCAGGCCAGCUAGUCGUAAUGAAAAAAGAAUCAAACAGACAAACCAUUGUGAAACACUUUGUAGAGAAUUCUCUAGGAAUGCUGCCGCUGCUCAUCCUGGGACUAAUGUGCCAGACAGAAUCACAGGAAGAGCGGGGCUAAAGGAACUGCAAGCUAUUAAUCCUUCUCGGACUUGGAAUUUUGUUGAGAUUAAUGUUUCUCUCGAAGAACUACAACAACAGAGAAGAGCUCAGAUACGGCACUUGGUUCAGCCACUAGACACAGUUUUAGAUGACAGCAUUGGCUGUGCAGUCUGGUUUGCUUCCAGAGGAAGUGGCUGGUUGGUGACCCAGGAUGGAGUGAAAUCGUACCAGAGCAGUGCAAAGGUAAUUCUGACUGGAAUUGGUGCAGACGAGCAACUUGCAGGUUACUCUCGGCAUCGCAUCCGCUUUCAGACGCUUGGACUGGAGGGACUGAAUAAAGAGAUAGAAAUGGAACUAGGUCGAAUUUCUUCUAGAAAUCUUGGCCGUGAUGAUAGAGUUAUUGGUGAUCAUGGAAAAGAAGCCAGGUUUCCCUUUCUGGAUGAAAAUGUGGUCUCCUUCCUAAAUUCUCUACCAGUUUGGGAAAAAGCAGACUUGACCUUACCCCGUGGAAUCGGCGAGAAGCUAGUUUUACGCCUGGUGGCUGUACAGCUUGGCCUCACAGCCUCAGCUCUUCUGCCCAAACGGGCCAUGCAGUUUGGAUCCAGAAUUGCCAAAAUGGAAAAGAACACUGAAAAAGCAUCUGAUAAAUGUGAAAGGCUCCAAGUCUUCCCUUAGAAAGAAGAUUAAGUCAUAGUAUGAUUUCACAAUGAAACGAUAACUACUGAAUGACAGUUACCUAAAAUAAAAGACUGCUGUUUUA